CUGUGAUUCAGAACGGGUUGCGCCAGUUCCAACCUGGGUUCAAAAACGAAUUCGACAUUAGCCAGUCGUAGUGACAAAAGCAAAGACAUAUCGUUCGUCUCAGAUUCAGCGCAAUUUCGAGUGCCACUUUUUGGAAUCUUCAAUUUUAAUGAAAUAAAUCGCUCAGAAUCCAAUCAACAACAACAUGGGUGUUCGCCAUUUGGAAACGUACGUUUGCAAUGAAGUACACAACGGUUUCGUCAGAGUUAACAUCGAGGCCGAAAUCCGGAAAUAUGCCCGGACACGAGGACCGAAUCCUGCCCCACCGGUUAUAGUCAUAGACCUGAUGUCCUUGUACCGUCCGGUGAAUCUUGCUGAUCUGCGUGGAUUGUUGUGUGGCGGACGAUUCAACCAGGUGGCCAACUUGCUGGAGAACUUCUUCACCAAGCUCGUGAACCUAGGCGCCAGGUUGGUGUUCUUCUACGAUGGACCGGUCCAGGAGACCAAGUACGACACCUGGGUCAAGCGACAGGACGAGAAGUACCACAAAAUGCUCGAAAUCAUCAAUGCCGUGGAUCGUGGUUCGGAUCUGGGUUGGAUCGUCAAUCGCUUGCAGCAUUCUAUACCGAACAAUACUUUAUAUCCGAACCGGCAAAUAGCAACAAAGUACGGUGAGCUGAUGGUAUCCGUGGCGAGGGAGUGCGACCAGGAACUGGCCGCCUACGCGAAUCAGGUUGGAGCGAUCGCCAUCAUUUCGAACGAUACCGACUUCAUGAUCUACAAGGGCUUCUGGCAGUACUGGUCGGCCAAGGAUAUCAAUUUCGGAACCCUGGACACCAUGCAGUAUAACCGCGUGGAGCUGGUUCGAAACUUGGGCCUGAGCUUCAAGCAGAUGCGUCUGUUGGCCACUUUGGGCGGGAACGAUGUAAUCCAGUACGAAGAGGUUCGACACUUUCACUCCACGCUCGGCCAUCACAGGCAGAAGUUUCCUAGAUUGGCCGAUUUUGUUCGCGAGCAACCACCGCCGGAAAAGCUGAGCCAGGAUGCGGCGGCUCUGAGUGAAUUGUUGGGUCGGGUGUUCGGGAGGGCAGCCGUCAACGACGAUUUGAAGGAACGCUUCAAGGCCAGUUUGGAUUUCUACGAAACGGUGAGUGUUGGUAAUAGUAACUCUAACGAUUCUAUAACAUUCCCCAGAAAACAAGUUUCCAGAAAGCUAUACCCAGAGCCGUUGCCGUUUGCGUUGUACAAGUUUACUUGAAACAUGAUUCUUUUU